AUGACAUUGAAUAACAACGGAGUGAAAUUGAUAAUUUUCGAUAAAGAUGGAACACUUUUGGAUUUUCACAAAAUGUGGCUACCGUACGCCGAGAACACUGUGCAAUUGCUCGAAAAAGCGACGAAAUUGAACGUGGGACCAGCUGUUUAUAAAACACUGGGUGUCGAUAUUUUGGCGGGGAAGGUGAGAUUUUUUGAGCUUCUGGGAUUGAAUUACUUUCUCUCUUCUUUUUUGCGUCAUUCUUUGCGCCAAAGAUAUUUUUUCUCAUCUUGAAUACAUUAGGAACGGAUGAAAUUUCAUGAUGGGAAUAGAAUUUGAUUUUUGCUUGUGGUUUGGGUGAACUAUGGCGAUUAAAAGAGAAGAGAAGAAAGAGGGAGGGUGGGAAAAUUUGAAUUUGGAAAUAGUGCGUGAUGACGUGGAAUUUAACAAUUCUGUGAAUUUUGCAGGUUUCAAUGGGCGCAUUGGCCGAAAAAACGUUGACCGGAAUUCGUGAAGAUGUUUCGCUAACUCUCCAAACUUUCGGAAUCAAUCCGACCGAAGCCGAUUCGAUUGUUCAGGGUUGUGUACCAGAAGCGUCGCCAGGUCAAAUGGCGCCGGUUUGUGAUUUGCCGAAACUGUUCGAGGUUUUGAAGAGUAUGGGAAUUUUGAUUGCCGUUUGUACAGCUGAUUCACGGUGAGUUGAGAAUAUUUCAAUUUUCGAAAUUUCCUCGAAAAAUUUAAAAAAAAAAUGGAAAAUAAAACACGCAGCGCGUGACCGCAACGCUUUACUAUUUUGUGUUUUCAGUUCAAAGUUUAGAUUUGGUCUCACCAAAUUAUCUCCCCCAACCACAUGACUCCCUUUUUUGUCAUCACCAAUCUCUUUUCUUUUGUGCAGAGCAGCAACAAUAGAUCAAAUGAACAAAUUAGGCGUGACACGUUUCUUGGAUGACGUAGUUUGUGGAAAUGAUGUUGGAAUUGUGCCAAAACCGUCGCCACAUUGUGCAAUUCAAAUAUGCAAACGAUUGAAUGUGGAAUUGAAGGAGGCGCUGAUGGUCGGCGAUACGAUUGCUGAUUUGAAGAUGGGAAAAGUGGCGGGACUUCGUGCAAGUGUUGCUGUUAUGACUGGUGUUGGAACUAGAGAUACUUUGAAAGAAUAUUCCGAUUAUUUUGUGAGUUAUCGCAAGUUUUUGCGGAUUUUUCUCGGAAAAAGUGUUCGGUGGUUGCAUUUAAACCCCUCGGAAAAUGACAUUUUAGAAAUUAGAAACAGUAGAUUUUUUGAAUAAUACAUGCUACGUGGAAAUUUUCUACAAACUCUCUAAUCUGAGCAAUAGUUUCGAGAAAAAAUUAAAUUUUUUAUUCAGAAUUUAGCCUAAAUUCAGAUUUCCCAAAACCUUAUAAUGUAGUAAAAACUACAUUUUCUAAUCUCAAAAAUAUUUUUUUUUAAAUGUAUUUUACAGCUCGACGAUGUCAGUGGAUUGCCUCAACUAAUUUCAAAAUUCGAAGACACAAAAAGAGGUUGA